CAUCAAAUGUUUGUCUGCAAGGAAGUUCUCUGACAAGUGACAGAGCAAGCCUACUGCGACGCAGACUGAGUACAGAAAAGCAAGUCUUUUUUUUUGUUGUUAAAUGGGCAAAAAGGAAGAAAGCGAAAACCAAGUGAAAUACUACCGCUUGGAAGAAAUACAGCAACAUAAUUCUUAUAAGAGCACAUGGCUUAUUAUUCAUAACAAGAUAUAUGAUGUCACGAAAUUCUUGGAAGAGCAUCCAGGAGGAGAGGAAGUACUCGGGGAGCAGGCUGGAGGUGAUGCUACAGAGAGCUUUGAAGAUGUUGGUCAUUCUACAGAUGCUCGAGAAAUGACCAGCACGUACCUGAUAGGUGAACUUCAUCCUGAAGAUAGACCCAAAAUUCAGAGACCUGGGGAAACAUUUAUUACAACAGCAAGUGAGACUUCAAGCUGGUGGACCAAUUGGGUAAUUCCAGGAAUAGCAGCAAUCAUUGUUACUUUGAUGUAUCGCUUAUACAUGACUGAAGAAUAACCAGUGUAGGAAUUUGCAUAUUAAUAAGAUUGAGCUACUGUAGAUCUCUGUAGCAAUUCAACUGUAUGAACGUCUGAUUCUGAAUCAAUUAAUUCCUUAAAUUCCUUAUAUAUAUAUAUAUAUAUAUAUAUAUAUAUAUAUACACACACACACACACACACAGUGCUCCCUCACUAUACCGCGGGUCUCAGGGGACAUACAAUAUGAGCGCUACAACCGGAGAGUGUUACAAAUGGGGGAGGAGGUGGGGGGUGCUGCAGGACACAUAACAACACACAUCUGACUAAAAUACAAAAUAAAAUAACUCCCUCUCUAUAAUGCACAUACAGUGAAGCAAAAAUGUAACUUUCCAUGAAUUAACCAUGCAUAAAGCACCAUGUAAUCAAUGCUGUACUUUUUACAAAAAAAAAAAAAGACGGUAACAUUCUCACUCGUGGAUCAUUUUAAUUAGCAGUUUUUAAACUAUAAGUAGCCUGGGUAAACUGUGGUUGAAGCGACAGACAAGCAAAACAAGUGCGAGAAGGAGAGCGGGUCGGGCAGGGGGAAGAAGGAAUGAGCUGAAAUGAAUCUGAAGCGUCUCGUCUCCCGGAGAAAGCUGCAGCUCCUCUCGCAGCUAAAAAGUAAAUACAUUAGGAUAGAUAACCACAUAAUAGGCCUAAUAGUUAUUUAGUUAUAAAAUGAAUGCUGAAUAAGAUGUCUGUGUUAUAAAGUGCCAGUGCAGCUUUUCUUCAGUUCAGAUACUGUAUCAAAAGGGAGAGACAGCAAUAGAAGUUACACUGAAAAGUUGUUUACAGUUUGAACAACACCGGUACUGUAUUUACUGUAGAAAUAUUGCAUGAAUCGCUAGUAUUGGGAAUUGAGGGACAUGCUGUAGGAGCAUUGUAUCCGAGGCGCUUUGUAAUCGAGAGCCUUAUAGCGAGGGAGCACUGUGUAUAUAUAUAUAUAUAUAUAUAUUAUAUAUAUAUAUAUAUAUAUAUAUAUAUAUAUAUAUAUAUAUAUAUAUAUAUAUAGACACACACACACACACUGCUGUGCAAAAGUCUUAGACAUGUUGCAUUUUUCUACUCUGAUGCAUUAUGAGAAUCCACAAUUUAAACCUUGACUUGCAUAAAGAAGGAAAAACAAUAGUGAAAUAGCUUGCAUCAUUCGAUUUUAAAGGUGUGGUAUCCAAAGCAUAAUCAGCAAGUACAGAGAAACAUCAUCUGUAAUUGACAAACCCAGGACUGGAAGACCCAAAAAGCUGUCUAACAAGGAUGAGCAUGUCGUCGUCCAUCAAAUCAACAAAUUAUGAUUUAAAGGAAGUGCUGCAGUAAGAAUACCUCUGUUAAGAAAGGGGAACAAGACUAAAAGGCUAAAAUACGCACAACACAGAAAUUGGACUAUGGAACAAUGAUGAAAGGUGCUUUGGACUGUUGAUGGGUGGACAACGACACCUGUGCCUUCUGCCCAUUAUAUAUAUAUAUAUAUAUAUAUAUAUAUAUAUAUAUAUAUAUAUAUAUAUAUAUAUAUAUAUAUAUAUAAAUGAAUGUGCGUGUGUGUGUUUUUACAUCAUGGCAUAUUUUGAAAUGUAUGUAUGGAAAAUAUAAUCAGUACUGAUUUUUUUUUUUUUUUUUAGCACAACAUAAAAGCUUUGUCAAAAUGAUUUAUCAUAAAUAUUCUACACACUACUCUAUUCUUAGUCUCUGUUAGUGUCUGGCACUUCCCCUCCAAUUCCAUUCCAUAGUGUGGGGCUGUAGAAAUGUUUUAUUUUUUCUGUGUAUGUAUCUAACCUGAGCACCCUGUAGACUGUAACACCCUGUAAUAUAAUCUGUCCUGGCCUAUACCAAUCAAAAAUAAAUAAACUAAUUGUUAUUUUAAA